AUGCAAUAUUUUCACCUAUUAUUGGUGGCAAUAGCUUGUAAGGAAAUCUAAAAUAAGAAUUAAUAAUUCUUAACAGAUGAUGGAUAUGAAGAUGAUGAUGAUGACAAUACAGUAUCACUGUUCUUUCUCUUUAUUCUGGGGUUUUUUCUGAUAAUUUUCUCAGCAGCUUUAUUAUGGUACAAUGAAAGAAGGGAAGCAAUAACAGAAUAUCGAUUAGUCAAUAUGAGAAAAAUAUGUAAAAUUGGUGAUUGUAAUGAAAUCCAUCAUGAAUUGAAUGGAGAACUAGUUCAUAUGCAAGGUAAAAGAAUUGAGAAUUUUUAAUAGGACAAACAACUACAGAUGUAAUCCUUGAAGAUACUGAAUUUGGAAUAUCUUUAUCAUCUUGCAUUAAGUUAAAACGGCAUGUUGAAUAGCUUCAAUUUGUCAGAAUAGAGCAUAAGCAUAAAAAAAGUGCUACAACAUAUACAUAUGAAUUAAAGUGGAAAGCUGAAUAGGUGUGCAGUGCUGGAUAUCCCUCUGAAUAUUAAAAUAAACCGUAGUUGUGGUUAGUCAAAUCUUAGGAUAAACUAAAUCCAGAUGUACGGUUAGGAGCAUUCACCUUAUCUGAAUCAUUGAAGCAAGGGUGUUAGAACUUUUAAUUUUUGGUUCCUGACGAUGCUUAAUUGUAAGCUGCCGCAAAAUUAUUUGGAAAAGAAUUUCCUCAUAUGUAUUUCUUUAAUUUUAAUAACAUAGAACAAUUAAUCAACGUGAUCUUUAUUUUUAACAACAUGAAUAUCAAAGAACUGUAGGUGACUUAAGAGUGUGCUUUGAAUAUGUUCUAUGUGGUAAUGCAACAGUUAUUUCAAAACAAAUGAAUAAUACUUUUAUUCCAUUUGUGAUAGAAGAUAAAUGGCUAUCUGAAAAGAGUGCCCAUCCAGAUGAAAUGGACGAAGAUGAAGGUUGCUGUGGAGAUUGUUGCUUAAAAGUGGCUGAAUUAGCAAAGGCAGCUGAAGAACCUUUAAAAUAAAUUGAUUGGAUAAGAGAAAAAUAAUGGUCUAUGAAGAAGGUCUUCUUAAUGGAACUAAGUAAAAAUGCUGCCUUAACAUAUAAAACCAGAUUCUUAGGCUAUAUAUUGAUGGUAUUCAGUUUUUAAUAAACAAGGUUAUGGGAAUAUUAUUCUUGUUUUACCCGGUGAUUUGGCUAUUUUCACUAUUGCCCUGGAUCGGCCAAUUCACAGCCGCAUUAUUGUUUUUUAUUUUCUUGGGAGUUAGCAUGGUGAUAUCUUUACCAGUUUGUUUACUUAUUGCCCUGGUUGCUUGGAUGAGAUACCACAUAAUCUACGCCAUAAUCAACUUCUUUGGACUAAUACUAGUAAUAUACAUAGUGUCCAUGUUUGCUGGUGGCAUUUAUUAUUGA